CCUGAUUUGAAAUAUCGUGUCGAAUCUGCCGCUGCUGCCUCACACUCAGCAGAGCAAGAUGGCGGCGCCUACGAAGCAGUACGGGCUGAUCUUGUCACAGAAGAAAGGAGGGUUAAAGGCAGCAGCCCUGCAGAAACCCUCAGUGUUUGGAGAUGACUCCGAUGACGAGACAUCAGUUGGGGAGAGUCUGAAGAGAGAAGCCAUUAAAAAGAAGAUGAUGAAGCAGACACGUUUGGAGAUGCAGAAGGCCCUGGAAGAGGACAGCACCGUGUACGACUACGAUGCCGUGUACGACGACAUUCAAAAACAGAAAAGUGAAACCAAUAAAAAAGGUCUUGGCAGCGCAGACAAAAGGCCAAAGUAUAUCCACCAGUUGAUGAAAGCAGUCGAGGACCGAAAGAAAGAACAAGAACGGAGGGAAGAGAGGAAGAUCCAGAAGGAAAGAGUGGCAGAGGGAGAGAAGUUUUCAGAUAAAGACGCUUACGUUACCUCCGCCUACAAGCAAAAGCUGCUGGAGCAGAAGGAGGAACAGGAGAGAGAGGACAGACAGGCACAGAUUGAAGCUGCUUUGGACGUGAAGAAACAAAGAGACCUGAGCGGCUUCUACCGACACCUGCUGAAUCAGACUGUAGGAGAGGAGGAGAUACCAGAUCGCUCUGCAAACAAACCUCAAACCUCGAAGGUUCCAAUAGACACCGAGAGGACUUCACCUCUUCCUUCACCGACAUCCCAUGACAAUAACGCAAGUUCAUGCAGCGACAGCGAGGAGGCGCACGAGCAGAAGUCUGGGUUUAGCAAGCUGGGUGCAGGCUCUACACACCCCAAACGCCAGUACAGACAGAGGUCGCCAUCGUCAGGAAGUGGAGAAGAAAAGGAGAAGGAAAGAGAGAGGGAGAGAGACAGACAUAAGAAGAGUCACAGAGAUCAAGACAGAGGGAGGGACAGAGAUAGGGACAGAGACAGGAACCGUGGAAAGGAAAGGGAUGACAGACACGGAGGAAGAAGAGACGACAGGGAUAGAAGAAAGGACAGAGAACGAGGAAGAGAGGAUGACAGAAGUAGAGGCAGGGGGGAUGCAGAGAGGGAAGACAGGCACGGGAAAAGGGCAAAGAGCCCAAAAGAAAGAGAGAGGGAUAAGAAUGGGGACAGAGAGAAGAGGAGGAAUCCAGCUGAGGAUGAGCGGAAGGACAAAGAUCGGGAAGAGGAGAAGGAGAGAAGGAAGGAGCAAGAGAAGGAGAAGACGGUGAAGAAGGAAGAAAAAGAACCAGAAAAGAAGGAAGAAGAUGGAGGAGAAGAGGGAAAGGAGAAAGAGGAAAUGGAGGAAAAGGAGAGCAAGUUUGCAAAGCGCAGCACAGAUCAGACUGUGAGUUCAGCCAGAGAGCGGUACAUGGCCCGACAGAUGGGACGCUCGGGCUGUAAGAGCUAUAUCGAGAAGGAGGAGGACUGAGAGCUGUCGAGCACACCACACACGUACACACACAAACACACACACACACACACACACACACACACAUCCGUGAUCUGCACUCAAACUAUCUCACUCAAGAGGAUACAACUCGUGUUGUAGUUUUUUCUUCAAUAAAUCCCCUUCACAUCAGGUUUCUUUCUUCUUUGUCAAAACUUUCCAAAUUCCCAACCUGUUCCCCAAGAUAACGUUUUAUAUAUAGUUACCUCUGCAGGGGAGGUUAUGUUGUUGUGUUAGUUUGUUUGUUGGUGUAUUUGUUUGCUUGUAAGCAAGGUUACACAAAAACUUUUGGUGGGUGAAGGAUGUGGUUUGGGUCAGGGAAGAACCCGUUAAAUUCUGGGGCAGAUCCGGGGAUUUUUCACCAUUUUCUUAGGGAAUGAUUCAUGGAUCUCGAAAAGAAUUUGGCGCAUUUAGGGCAAAAACAUCUGAGUGUGUGAUGGUGCAGCUUGAUUCAAUUUAAAGGGACUGUUGCACUCUACUCAAUAAACAGCUGGUUACUAUAGUUUUUAACAAACACUCUUCCAACAGGAUUAAACCUGACAUUUGUUUGAGACUACUUCAUCUGUGCAAAUACAGCAGCAGAACAGUGAAUGUGAAACUAACUCCAGAUUAACUCCAGUGUCUAUAGGUGUGACAGUAAUGACACUCAGUGUUUCUUAUUGAUGUUUUAUUAGCCAUGGACAACAACAGAGGUAUAGCAGCAAAAAGCAACUGGCCUUCACAAACAAUAAGUUUCUAGAAAAAGCAGAAUCUUACCAAACUUGUCCUGAGCUAUUAGAGAACAGGGCAGUACAUUAUGGGGGGGGGGGACUGGAAGGUUGAAUAUUAUAGAGGUGGUAAAUGUGAAAUAACAAUGUUGACUUGUAAAUAUGAGUUCUGACAGCGACACUUGUAUCAGCAGCACAAUUGUGUCAUGUCAACCAGUGCUUGUGUUUAUUGUCUUUUGUGCUUUGAGGUGUUGUAUCUUCCUCUUGUAAUUUAAUUCAUGGUGAGUGAUAAUAAAAUCAUUUCUGUUUCACAGUUA